UGCGUGUACACGUGAUAGCGAGAGCCCCGGGCGUGACGGUCGCAGACGGUUAUCAGUCAGAGUCUCUCUCGCUCCGUGACGAUGACUCCGGCCGGGAUCACCGUGCGCCUGCUGAAGGACGACGGGCUAUCUGCCCCGGGCGGAGACAUCUGCCCCUACCUGGGGCAGGACUAUCAGCAGCUGCUCCGGGAGUGUCUGCAGCAGCGGCGGCUGUUUGAGGACCCCCACUUUCCCGCAGAGCCCAAAUCUUUGGGGUACAACCAGCUGGGGCCGUGGUCCGCGCAAACCAGAGGCAUCCAGUGGAAGAGACCCCAGGAGAUAUGCCAGACCCCCAGCUUCAUCUGCAAGGACAUGGAAUGUACAGACGUGUGCCAGGGGCACCUAGGUAACUGCUGGUUUCUGGCUGCGGCGGCAUCACUGACCGUGUACCCACUACUCAUGCAGCGAGUGGUACCUCCCCAGCAGAGCUUUAAGUCUGAAUAUGCUGGAAUCUUCCAUUUUAGGUUCUGGCAGUAUGGAGAAUGGGUCGACGUGGUGGUCGAUGACCGUCUUCCCACCAUGAACGGGGAGCUGGUUUUUGUCAGAUCAGAAGAGCAGAGCGAGUUCUGGGCCGCCCUCCUGGAGAAGGCGUACGCCAAGCUGAACGGGUCCUACGAGGGGCUGAGCGGGGGAUGGGUGAACGAGGCAUUUGUUGACUUCACGGGGGGUCUGGACGAGAGCUUUGACCUCCAGGUUAUCCCCCCAAACCUCUACCCGCUGAUUGAGAGAGCGCUGAAGAAGAGGUCGCUUAUGGGAGCCUCGAUCAAUAUAACGAGUCAGCAUGAGAGCGAGAUGAGGACCCCGGAGGGGCUGGUGAAGGGCCACGCGUACUCCAUCAUAGCCGCGACUCAGGCUGAAGCCAAGGGCCGUAAGGUGCCGCUCCUGCGUCUGAGGAACCCCUGGGGUAAAGUGGAGUGGAGCGGGCGUUGGAGCGACAGCUCCCCCUUGUGGUCGUCGCUGGAACCUCCGCUGCGGGCAAAACUUCACGCCAGUGCCGAAGACGGGGAGUUCUGGAUGCAGAUGGACGACUUCUUGCGCUUCUUUAAUAACCUGGAGAUCUGCAGUCUGACUCCGGACUCCGUGAGUGGAGAGAGCGCUCAGCUGUGGAACGCAAACUCCUUCCAGGGCCGCUGGUCGAGGGGUCACAGCGCCGGGGGCUGCCGCAAUUACCCAGCCACAUUCUGGACGAAUCCGCAGUUCCUGGUGACCCUGAAAGAGGAGGACGAGGUGGGGGCCGGGGUCUGCACCCUGCUGGUGUCCCUCAUGCAGAAGGACGGACGGACGGGGAGGUCGGCGGGGAGAGACUUCCUCAUCAUUGGCUUCGAAAUCUACCAGGUUCCAGAAAAGUUUGACCAGGAGACUUUGGUGUCGCAGAGAAGGACCCUCAUCCCCAGUCUGGUUCCUGUGGUUCUCUCACCAUUUGUAGCCAAGCGAGAUGUGACGGGUCGGUUCCAACUGCCCCCGGGGCAAUACCUGGUGAUCCCCAGCACCUUCUACCCCCACGAGCAGGCCAGCUUCACCCUGAGGGUCUUCACAGAGAAGCAGCAGUCACUCACGGAAAUAGAUUAUGAGAUCAGAGCGGAUCCGACCGUGUUCCAGGAAAGCGAGUCCCGGAACAGCCCGGAGGAGUUUGACGCUCACUUUAAACGUCUGUCCGGCCAGGAUCAGGAAAUCAGCGCCCCGGAACUACAGAGGAUUCUGCGUCAGACAGCGUCGAAGCACGCCCAUCUGAAGAACGACGGGUUCCCCCUGGAGAUCUGCACCCAGCUGCUGAACCUCGUGAACCGCAGAGGAAAUGGGAGCCUCAACCAGGAGGAAUUCAGGCGUCUGUGGAGCAAAAUCAAAGAGUGGGAGCACAUAUUCUGUAAGUACGAUACGGACGGAUCCGGGUCGAUGGAUGUUCAGGAGCUGCGCGUGGCUCUGGAAUUCUCCGGCUUUCACCUGAAUAACCAGCUGGUGGCGUCGCUGUGUCGGAGGUUCGGCGGUCUGCUCCUGAAGGUGGAUUUCGACAGCUUCCUCUCCUGCCAGGCGCAUCUUCUUUGCAUUUUUGGGAAAUGCCAGGCUCUGGACGCGGACCGGGACGGGGUGGUGACCAUCGGAGAGGGGCAGUGGCUGCAGCUGACGGGGUUCCAGUGAGCGCAAUACAACCGACCACCAGCAGGGGGCGGCCUACCAACCACCACCGGCAGGGGGGGACCAACCGACCACCACCGGCAGGGGGGCGGCCUACGGACCUGCCAUCUGUCCGCUAAAGGGUUAAACUUGCUUUUUUCUAUCACUUUACACAAAUUUGGGGUAUUAAGCUGCGAUCGGUUUGGAGGAAGAAAGAAAAUAAAAGCUUUGUUCAACUUCCGAAA